CAUUUGUUUUAAAGUCUAGAGAGUUUUUUUUUCGUUUCUAAAGGAAGUUCCUCGUAGCGUUUUCUUCUCCGUCGAUCUCACAAUCCAGCGUCUCUCAGGUUUAGUCAUUCUAGAAACAUGUCGGGUCAGAAGAUUGAAACGGGUCAUGAGGACAUGAUCCACGACGUCCAAAUGGAUUACUACGGUAAGAAAGUUGCAACUGCUUCAUCUGACUGCACCAUCAAGAUAACCGGCGUCACCAACAACGGUGGAGGAUCCCAGCACCACCUAGCCACAUUAACCGGCCACCGUGGUCCUGUCUGGCAGGUCGCAUGGGCCCACCCUAAAUUCGGAUCGAUCCUAGCCUCAUGCUCCUAUGACGGCCAAGUCAUACUCUGGAAAGAAGGCAGCCAAAACCAAUGGACACAAGCUCACGUCUUCACCGACCACAAAUCUUCUGUCAACUCCAUCGCCUGGGCUCCUUAUGAGCUCGGACUGUCCCUGGCUUGCGGGUCGUCCGAUGGUAACGUUUCGGUUUUCACUGCCCGUGCUGAUGGUGGCUGGGACACGGCGAAGAUCGAGCAAGCUCACCCGGUUGGUGUCACUUCUGUCUCGUGGGCUCCAUCUACUUCCCCUGGUGCUCUUGUCACUUCUAGCUCGCUCGAUCCGGUUUAUAAGCUAGCUUCUGGUGGGUGUGAUAAUACAGUGAAAGUGUGGAAGCUCUCUGACGGGUCGUGGAAGAUGGAUUGCUCCCCGGCUCUGAAGAAGCACACUGAUUGGGUCCGGGAUGUGGCUUGGGCGCCCAACUUGGGGCUCCCUAAGUCGACCAUUGCUAGUGGCUCGCAAGAUGGGAGAGUGAUCAUAUGGACGGUGGGGAAAGAAGGUGAGCAGUGGGAAGGUAAGGUUCUUAAGGACUUUAUGACUCCGGUUUGGCGGGUGUCGUGGUCGUUGACCGGUAACAUGUUGGCUGUGUCUGAUGGGAACAAUAACGUGACUGUGUGGAAAGAGGCGGUUGAUGGAGAGUGGGAACAAGUCACCGUUCUUGAGCCGUAGGUGUUUUUUUUUGAUGUUUCUUAGACCGGUUUGGUGGUCUUUUGAGGGAAUGUGGAUGUGGUUUUCUUAAUUUUGGUUCGAAACAUUUUGGACAUUUUAUUCUUUUCUAGACUCUUUUGUUUUGUUUCUUCUUAAAACUUAUAAACCAGAUCUUCAUGAAUAUAAUUCCCUUUUAUUUUUAAA